GUGUAGUGUUUGCGAUAUAAAAUGGAGCAGCCCGAGCCAUUGAAAGAACAAGUUUUCCAAACUACUCAGAAGAAAACAUUGCAUUGUGCUUUAGGAGAUUACCGGAUUGUACCUCAACAUGGUCGCUCGCCUCAAGUCUGGACAAGAAAUUGUGGUUAUCGGCGCUGGCGUCAUUGGUCUUACGACGGCGCUAUGCCUCCAAGAAGCAAAACAUCAAGUCCUCAUAGUCGCUGACGACUUCCCCUCACCGUCGGAAACGAUUGACCCGCGCCGCCAGAUCAACUACACCUCGCCAUGGGCUGGAGCACACAACGGCUGGGGAGUAGACCUGCCCAACGCGAAUAGCACGCCACAAGACUGCCGUGACCACGGGUUUGCCCUCAGGACCUUUGCCAAGAUGCGUCACCUGCAUAAUGAGUAUUCUGACGCGGGAGUGACGUUUAUGAAGGGUGUUCAGCUGUAUGAGGAUCGGCCAGACGAGCUCAAAGACAUUGGUCCCGAGCGGGCAGCGGAGCUCGGUAUUGAGGACUUCUCGUUCAUUCCUCCUGGUGAAUUCCCCGAAGGCGUCACGUUUGGAUAUACUUUUCGAACCUGGUCUGUCAAUCCCAUGGUGUACUGCUCCUUCCUGCUCAGGCGAUUCAGCAUGUUGGGUGGGAAGAUUCGCAAGCAGCACAUCCGACGGCCAGAAGAGAUCUUUGCCAUGCAUGGGUUGCCAGAUGUCAACUUUGUCGUCAAUGCAUCCGGGAUUGGAUUUGGAGACCCGGACAUGUUUAUCAUCAGAGGACAAACGUGCCUCGUUGCAAACGACUGCGAUGUCACCGUCAGCCGCCGCAACGCAGAUGGCUCCGGCUCAUAUUGCAUCCCGCGAAAGUACAGCGGCGGAACUAUCAUCGGUGGCACCUUCGAGCCUAACAACUGGGAUUCAGAGCCAGCGCCAGGCAAGCGGGAACAAAUGCUGCAGGGGCUGGCCAAGACGUACCCUCCCAUUCUGGGUAAAUCUGGUCGCUUCGCGCCGCUACAGGAUAUCGUGGGGAGACGGCCGGCGAGAAAGGGCGGCAUGAGGAUCGAGAAGGAAGAUUUGGAUCAUGGAAGAGCGGUUAUCCAUGCGUACGGCGCAGGAGGGAGAGGCUACGAGCUCUCGUGGGGCGUGGCGCAUGCUGUAUGUGAGCUGGUUGCAAGGAAAUGAGGCUAUGGAAUAUCUCAAGAUGAGGAAAAUGCAUCUCAGCUGAUUCUGUAGUUGACAGACAUCCAAUAUGUGCUUUGUUCGAUAGCGUUUCAGCGGGGAUGAAGAAGAUGAAAUGGAUGAG